AUGGGACCUGGGAAUGAUACUCUGAUUUCAGAAUUUCUUCUCCUGGGAUUGUCAGAGGAACCAGCACUGCAGCCCCUCAUAUUUGGGCUUUUCCUCUCCAUGUACCUGGUCACUGUGUUGGGAAACCUGCUCAUCAUCCUGGCCAUCAGCUCAGACCAACACCUCCACACGCCCAUGUACUUCUUCCUCUCCAACCUGUCCUUGGUAGACAUCUGUUUCACCUCCACCACCAUCCCAAAGAUGCUGAGAAACCAGCACUGCAGCCACAGAGUCAUCACCUAUGCAGGCUGCAUCACACAGAUGUAUUUUUUCAUAUUCUUUGGAGGACUAGAUGACUUUCUGCUAGCCGUGAUGGCCUAUGACAGGUAUGUGGCCAUCUGCCACCCCCUGCACUACAUGGUCAUCAUGAACCCCCGGCUCUGUGGCCUGCUGGUUCUGGUGUCCUGGAUUAUGAGUGCCCUGAAUUCCUUGGUAGAAACCUUAAUAAUGUUGCAACUGUCCUUCUGUACAGACUUGGCAAUCCCCCACUUUUUCUGUGAAAUCAAACAGAUAGUCCAACUUGCCUGUUCUGACACCUUUCUUAAUAACAUGGUGAUGUAUUUUGGAGUUGUGCUGCUGGGUGGUGGUCCUCUUGUUGGUAUCCUUUACUCUUACUCUAAGAUAGUGUCCUCCAUACGAGGAAUCCCAUCAGCUCAGGGGAAGUAUAAGGCAUUUUCUACCUGUGCAUCUCACCUCUGGGUUGUCUCCUUAUUUUAUGGAACUAGCCUAGGAGUGUACCUCAGCUCUGCUGCUACCCACAGCUCACACUCAAGUGCAGCAGCCUCAGUGAUGUACACUGUGGUCACACCCAUGCUGAACCCCUUCAUCUACAGUCUGAGAAACAAAGACAUAAAGAUGGCCCUGAAAAGAUUCUUUGGGAUGGCAGGUAUAAAAGGGACAAUCAUCCUGAGGUAG